GAUAGCAAGAAAUUUGUCCGGAAAAUCUUUGCAACAAAAGAAAUCACAAGAGAUAAAGAAAGUGAGGCCAAGCAAAAUAGCAAGAAAUAUAGCAUUUUUGCUUUUGUGGAAAUCCACAUUUUAGUGGGCUUCGUUUGGUUCUUGUCAGCCGAAAAAUGGCAAUGGCAGUGGCAGCUUCCACUUCAAUGGCGGCCACCGCCGUGCUCAUGCACCGCUUCCCGGCAACUAAACCGUCAGCCGGUUUCUUCCCCUUGCCCCAACGUCCUUCACUUUCUUCCACUCCCUUCAACCAACUCAAAGAGACUAGGAGGUCUUCCCAGCUCCUUGUCAAAGCCUCGUCAUCAGAUGAGAGCUCCAUCGAUACCAAUGAAUUGUUCUCAGACCUAAAGGAGAAGUGGGAUGCUGUUGAAAACAAGACUACUGUAAUCAUUUAUGGAGGUGGUGCCAUCGUGGCAGUUUGGUUAGCUUCCACUCUUGUCGGGGCAGUCAACUCAGUCCCUUUGCUUCCGAAGAUCAUGGAGCUGGUCGGGCUUGGAUACACAGGAUGGUUUGUAUAUCGUUACCUUCUUUUCAAGCAAAGUAGAAAAGAAUUGGCGACAGACAUAGAAGCAAUAAAGAAGAAGAUUGCUGGAAGUGAGUAAAUGCAUGGCAGCCAGCUUUAUUCGUCUCAACAUCGGAUCAGUCUGACUUCUAUAUAAAGAGGGAUCUGAUAUUGUUAUGUAGAGUAGGCCAUAUGUUGUAUUUUACCCUUCACACUGUCACAUUCCAAUAACGUUUCCUUAAUUUAUGCAUGAACCAGCUUCCACCUUAAUUCUAUUUUUGCAAUAAAGGGAGAUAUAGAAACUUCAAGGACGCCAAACCGUGAUUCCUUCUUCAGCCUCCUGGAAAAGUUCUAAACUCUGCACCAUGUAAAUGUAAUGCAGCUGAGUGGUGUUUCACUGCCAUUUAACCAAUCAAUGAUUGGAAUGUAUUUUUCUA